UCUGGCGUGCGCAGUAGAGCGUCAGUGCGUCGUGGAAGCUCGAGAGUGGAAGAGCUGUUUCUAACCCUCAGAAAUUUCUCCAACUCACAUCAACACAGAUCCAGUAAUUUUUAAUCACUCAUUACGCCCUAAACUUGCAACUAUGACUGAAGAACGAAAGGAGGUGCGAGUGUGGUGCGACGGAUGUUAUGAUAUGGUGCAUUUUGGACAUGCCAAUUCCCUACGACAAGCCAAGGCCUUGGGUAAUUAUUUGGUUGUUGGUGUUCACACGGAUGAGGAAAUAUCGAAGCAUAAAGGACCGCCAGUUUUUACCCAGGAGGAGAGGUACAAAAUGGUGAGGGGAAUAAAAUGGGUGGACGAGGUGGUGGAAGGGGCUCCCUACGUCACUACCUUGGAGACACUGGACAAGUACAAUUGUGAUUUUUGUGUGCAUGGGGAUGACAUCACGAGAACUGCUGAUGGGGUCGAUACGUAUCACCUGGUCAAGGAAGCUGGGAGAUACAGGGAAGUUCAGAGAACGGCGGGUGUUUCUACGACGGAUUUGGUGGGGCGAAUGCUUUUGAUGACUCGUCAGCACUUCAGGCGAGGAGAGAGUGAAUAUAGUGUGGACAGAGAACCAAGUAAAAGCAUGGGACAGGAUAAAACAGCGAGAUCUCCGUGGACGGGAUGUUCGCAGUUUCUUCCAACGACCCAGAAGAUUAUUCAAUUCAGCGACGGUAAGAGCCCCCAGCCUGGCGACAGAAUCAUCUACGUGGCUGGAGCUUUCGAUCUUUUUCACGUGGGGCACUUGGACUUCCUGGAGGUUGCCAAGAAAGAGGGGGAUUAUUUAAUUGUUGGCCUACACACCGAUCCCGCUGUCAAUAGAUACAAAUACGGAAAUUACCCUAUUAUGAAUUUGCAUGAGAGAGUACUCAGUGUACUUGCCUGCAAGUACGUUAAUGAAGUAGUUAUUGGAGCUCCAUACGAAGUAACCAAAGAUCUGAUGGAACAUUUUAACGUAUCGAUCGUCUGUCAUGGACAAACACCAAUACCCACCUGUGAAGAUGGUGCUGAUCCCUAUGCCGAGCCUAAACGACAGCAUAAAUUCAAAAUACUUGACAGUGGUAACGACAUGACCACUGAAAAAAUCGUGGAGAGGAUCAUUUUGCACAGGUUGGAAUUCGAGGAUAGAAAUUUAAAGAAGGAGAAAAAAGAGUUGGCAGUUUACGAAGCCUACGUCAACUCGAAAAAAAAGGGGACACCAGAGUGCAUAUAAGGCAUUUUUGUAAAAUUCUCACUUUAUUUUAUUUUAAUCUCAUAGACAGGAGUAAUCAUCUCAAAAUUCAUUCUAAAUACCUUGUGUCGCCUGAGAGAUUACUAGGAAAUUUUUUUUCCUUAUUUAUUGACAAUGAAAUUCGAUCUGCAACGUUUCUUUCGAGUAAUCAAAUAAAAAUUGACCCAAACAAGACUUAAUAAUUGUAUUACAUAAAUUAAUGAAUAAAUUCAAUGGACAAACUUGA